AUGGAUAUGUGUUUGCUUCAGCACCAAGCGGUUGCAGUGAGAAACGGAGCUGAUUUGUCAACUUUUUACAGCUGCAGCUUUGAGGGGUAUCAAGACACCUUGUACACGCAUUCCCUUAGACAGUUUUACCGGGAAUGUGACAUCUACGGUACCGUUGACUUCAUAUUUGGAAAUGCUGCUGUUGUUUUCCAAACAUGUAACAUGUAUCCACGCCUUCCCUUGAGUGGACAAUUCAAUGCCAUCACUGCCCAAGGCAGAACAGACCCAAAUCAAAAUACAGGCACUUCCAUUCAGAACGCUACUAUAAAAGCUGCUGCUGAUUUGGCUCCUGUAGUUGGGAGCGUGAAAACAUAUCUUGGGAGACCAUGGAAAGAGUACUCAAGAACAGUUUAUAUGCAGUCUUUCAUGGAUAGUUUGAUAAAUCCUGCUGGAUGGCAUGAAUGGAGUGGAGAUUUUGCCCUAACCACCUUAUACUAUGCAGAGUACAAUAACACAGGACCUGGUUCAAGCACCCAAAACCGUGUAACGUGGUCUGGUUACCAUGUUAUCAAUGUUACCGAUGCGGUUAACUUUACUGUGGCUAACUUCUUGGACGGGGAUAGUUGGCUUCCUAUAACUGGCGUUCCAUAUAGCAGUGGAUUGAUAUAAUCAAACAUUCAAGUUCCGAGCUAGUUACGUGUAAUAAGAGCAAAGUUGCUUUGUAUGUCUGAUGCAAUAUUCGUUUCUCUGUUGUAUUUAUAAAUAAGUAAAAUGUACUCCGUUGUAAAGUUGUGGAUUCAUUAGUUGUUAU